CUCAUUCUCCUCUAAGCCAUGGCUAAGGUUAACUGUUUCACCUCUCUUUAUGUUUUGUUAAUGUUCUUGUUGUGCUGCCCCACGUCUUCUCACGGGUUUGGUACUUUAGGGUUUAAUAUCCAUCACCGAUACUCGAAAGCGGUUAAAGGAAUUAUGGCUAUCGAUGACUUACCAGAGAAAGGAAGUUUCUCUUACUACUCUGCUCUGGCCUAUCGUGACCGUGUGUUUCGUGGCCAUGGACUUGCAAUGGAAAGGAAUCAAACGCAGUUAACUUUUGAAUAUGGAAAUGAGACUUACCGACUCAAUCCCCUUGGAUUUUUAUAUUAUGCCAAUGUUUCAUUGGGUACACCACCUUUGUCGUAUCUGGUGGCUCUUGACACCGGCAGUGACCUGUUCUGGUUACCAUGUGAUUGUGGUAGCAAUUGUAUCCAUGGCUUGAAUUCUUCAUCUGGGCAGGUGGCUUACUUAUACUCGGAGGGUAAAAUAGAAUUUAAUAUCUACAGCCCUAAUGCAUCGUCAACAAGCAAAGUUACUUGUAACAGCUCCUUAUGUGAAAGCCAAAACAGUGCCCUUCAGCUACCAGUAAUUGCCUUAUCAAGUUCGGUAUCUUUCUGCGGGCACUUCAUCAACUGGGACCUUGUUGUGGUCGGCGUUCAGACUGGUUUACUUUUGGAUGGUGCAGCACCUAAUGGUUCUUUGGGCUCGGUUGGCAAGCAAUCAGUUCCUAGCAUCUUAGCAAGAUAUCAGUUUAUAUUGUCUUGCUUGUCAAAUGAUGAUGUGAACAUCAUUGGACGUAAUGAUGUGAGCACCAGCAGCAUUAUGCCAGUUAGCCCGGCUAAGAAUUCUGGCGUUCCACCAGCUACGCUGUCAAACCAGAAUCCAGGACUGGGAAUGAAGAUAACUCUUCCAUAUCUGCACCCGCACCUGCAUAAAGAGGGAAUGCCACCGUUUGAUCUUUUCUUUCCUGUGCUAAGGGUUUCUUCAAAUCCUGUAUCAUAUGUGUCUAGACAGCUUGCACGUAUCUCAAUUAAUCUUUCGAAACUUUGGAACUACUGCUCAAAUCAAUCUAACGUCAGCUAUCCAUAUGUGAAUUUAACAAUGAAAGGUGGCAACCCAUAUCAUGUCAAUGUCCCAAUAGUAAUCGUUUCCGAUGAGGAUAUCAAUGUAUACUGUCUUGGUGUUGUCAAAAGUGGUGAUGAGAACCUCAUUGGACAAAACUUCAUGAGUGGUUAUACUAUAGUCUUCGAUCGAGAGAAGAAUGUUUUCGGUUGGAAGGCAUCCAGCUGUUAUGAUGUGAGCGCCAGCAGCAUUAUGCCAGUUAGCCCGGCUAAGAAUUCUGGCGUUCCACCAGCUACUACUGUCAAACCAGAAUCCAGGACUGGGAAUGAUGAUAACUCUUCCAUAUCUGCACCCGCACCUGCAUAA